UGGUUUUUUGCUAGCUGUGGCCAGCUGUGGUGUGUAGAAUACACGCUGUGCCGACGAGGUCAAGCCGUGGAGCGCAUGUCGGUCAACCUCAGCCGCACGCGCAACUCCUUUGUGCCAGCAAGCGGCACGUGAAUCGACGCGUGCCUGGUGCAGAGCUACAACGAAAGGAAAGAAAGGGAGGAAGAGGAGGGGGGGGGGGGGGAGAGAGAGAUGUGGGAGCGAAGUUUGAAGGGGAGCGAGAUUGGGGGAGGGAGUACGAUGGUGAAGUUGUUCCAUGUGUUGGACGGUGGCCAGGUACGAGACGGCCUCUACGUAGACGGUGGUGGCCAGGUGGCCAGCUCGCAUCGCAGCGUAGCUUGACAGGUAUGAGGGGAGGGGGGCAGUCAAUUUUGAUUGACGUGUAGCCCAGAAUCGUGCCAGUGUAGACCGAGAUAUUUCUGGCUUGCCUGAGAAGGCCACAGCGGGCGCUCGAUUGUGAGCUGAGUUGGGGCUGGCCGGCGCCCGUCGGGAGGUGGGGCUUGGGUUCGAGCCCAGGCUUGGGACCGGGCAGCUGACUCUUGUGCAAGCUGUGCAGCAAGGAGGUGGCUGGGUAUGGGUGGCGUGGACCGGCUGGAGGCGUUUCGGGCUGCGGCGCGGGCGCAGGCACGGGAAGAGGGGCGGGCGGUGGGCGAGACAAUGAUGAGGAAGGCGCGGCGGGCACGGAGCGGGUUCUCGGACGCGACGCUGGCCAUGUACGGAACGCUUGUGGAGAUGGAGUCCGGAAUGGAGGCGCUGCGUGAGGGCGCUCCGACGACCGAGGCUGAAAAGGAUGGAGUGGACAAAGCGCUCGAGACGGCGCUGCAUACGCUCUGCGCCGAGCUCGACGCUCUCGCUGGACGGAUCUCGUCGCCCAAGGCCGAGGCUGCAGUUCCGCCGGCGUUGCGAGCCUUCCAUCUCUCGGUCCUCCGCGCGCUCAACGGCAAGAUGCUCGAGGUUGACGAGGAGCUCAAGGCGCUGCGGGCAGCGCGGGCGGGAGCGGCGGCGCAGAAGGCACGGUUGCAGCUGGACGUGGCGACGCUGGCGUGCGGGGCGCGGGGCGCGGGGAGCGGAACAGGAGCAGGAGCGAGUGCAUACGAUCCUCUGAUGGGCGCUGAGCCUCUCGAGAUCGCGGCCGAAUCGUUUUUUGCUACCGAUGCGGUGGGCGCGAGCGUGGCGGCGAGCACGUCGCCAGCGCUCGCGGCACAACUCGCGGUGGAGAACCGGGCACUGGCCGACGAGGUGGCCACAAUGGUGGACCAAGUCCGCGAGGCCGAGCGCAAGAUGGUUCACAUCCACGAGCUGCACUCGGUCAUGGCCUCGCGGCUCUCUGAGCAGGCGGAGCUCAUUGACGCACUGCUGCACAACGCGUCGGUGUCUGUGGCCAACAUGGAGACCGGCAACACUGAACUCCGCAAGUACCGCGAGUCCUCGGUCUCGUAUCGCAUCUACAUGCUUGCGUUUCUCAUCGGCGCCUCGUUCACGGUCUUGUUCCUGCACUGGUAUGUGGACUGAAUCGCCGAGCUCGAGCACGGCCUUGUUUUUACAGGUUUAGCGCGGCGGUUGGGGCACAAGCCCAAACGGCGAUCACUUGAGCAUGGUGAGGGCCGAGCGGUAGGUUUCGAGGCCGCGGCGGUCCUGGGUGGCCUCUUCUGGGCGGCGCCAGAGCACGAUCUCGUGCUGCUUAAAGUAGCGGCGGUCCUCGG